AUGCUAAUUGAUAAAUUCCAUUUGGCUGCUAAAGGAAAAGACAACUAUGAACUUUAUCGCAACAUAGCAAGCAAAUGCUUAUAUCAACUUUAUAAUUCUGCAGAAUUUCCUCAACAAAUGUAUUAUUCGCAAGAUUAUUUAGAGAAAAUAAAUUUCAGUAUAUCGAAUAGAAAGAUUUUUGAUUACUAUCAUCGUGCUCAAUAUUUGUAUGAAGGCAUGAUCCUUUAUUUGGAUUUAGCAAAAUUUUCAGAUGAAGAAAAGCAAAAAUGUAUUGAUACAUUUUCUGAUGUAUCCAAUCAAGUAUACAGAGUAGUUGAUCAAUUCCUCAGAGAUUAUGAACUACCAGCAGUAUCUAUCAAACAUUGUCGUCCUUUCUCCUACUUUUAUAGAGAUACAUUAAAUAACUGUAUAAUCCUGCUUACUGCAACAUUUAGCAAUGUCAUUCGUUGCGUACAAUCAGGAAUCAAGAAAAUCUGGGAAAAUUAUAAAGAUAAAGUAUAUCCAGAUUUCUUUGAUUCCGGUUAUUAUAGAGAUGUAUUCGAUCAGGAUUAUCUUUUUGGCGAAAUGGAUUUCAACACUCCUUAUUAUUUUGGUAAAAAGGAAGAUUUUGAAAGACUCAUAAAACAAAUAAACUCGAAGACAUCUACAAUUGUUGAAAGAUCUUCCGAUCUUCAGACUCUUAAUAGAAAUUGUGAAGAACCUACUGUCAAGGAAAUCGAGAAUUCAAUUUAG